CAAGAAGAAACUACAGUAUAAACUAAUCCCCUCGCCUCCCUCCUGGGCUCCUCGCUUCGCCCGGCGGAACUGCGGAAGAAGAAUAUCUACCCGUUUCCGCCUCCCACCGCUCUCGACAACUACAGCCCCGGAAGGAGGCCGAAACCUAGCGCCGCCGACCUCGGAAAUCCCGCCAGCCAUGGCGACCUCGCCUACCCAGGGCGAGCCGUCCUCCUCCGAUCCGAAGUCGAAGAAGGACUACUCGACGGCGAUCCUCGAGAGGAAGAAGUCGCCGAACCGGCUGGUGGUCGACGAGGCCACCAAUGACGACAACUCCGUCCUCGCGCUGCACCCGGAGACCAUGGAGAGGCUCCAGCUCUUCCGCGGGGACACUGUCCUGCUUAAGGGUAAGAAGAGAAAGGACACAAUCUGCAUCGUGCUUGCGGAUGACACAUGUGAGGAGCCAAAGAUCCGGAUGAACAAAACUGUUAGGAAGAACUUGAGAGUGCGACUUGGUGAUGUGGUGUCUGUUCAUCAAUGCCCAGAUGUCAAAUACGGGAAGCGUGUGCACAUACUUCCUAUUGACGACACGGUUGAAGGCAUCACCGGAAACUUGUUUGAUGCUUUCUUGAAACCAUACUUCCUUGAAGCUUACCGUCCUUUGAGAAAAGGAGACCUUUUCCUUGUGAGGGGUGGAAUGAGGAGUGUGGAAUUCAAAGUUAUAGAGACUGAUCCCGCAGAGUAUUGCAUUGUUGCGCCUGACACGGAGAUAUUCUGUGAUGGUGAGCCUAUCAAGAGAGAAGACGAGGAAAGGCUAGACGAGGUUGGCUAUGAUGAUGUUGGUGGAGUUAGGAAACAAAUGGCCCAGAUCAGAGAGCUGGUCGAACUCCCACUGCGCCAUCCCCAACUUUUCAAGUCUAUUGGUGUUAAGCCACCAAAGGGCAUAUUGCUGUACGGACCACCUGGCUCUGGCAAGACCCUAAUUGCUAGAGCUGUCGCUAAUGAAACAGGUGCAUUCUUCUUUCUGAUUAAUGGCCCAGAAAUCAUGUCGAAGCUAGCAGGAGAAAGUGAGAGUAAUCUCAGAAAGGCAUUCGAAGAAGCUGAGAAGAAUGCACCAGCCAUCAUCUUCAUUGAUGAGAUUGAUUCAAUAGCCCCAAAGAGAGAAAAGACGAAUGGAGAAGUUGAAAGGCGUAUUGUUUCACAGCUGUUGACUCUUAUGGAUGGUCUGAAAUCCCGUGCUCAUGUUAUUGUUAUGGGUGCUACAAAUCGGCCAAACAGCAUUGAUCCUGCGCUUAGGAGAUUUGGCAGGUUUGACCGGGAGAUUGACAUUGGUGUUCCUGAUGAAGUUGGGCGCCUUGAAGUUCUUCGUAUUCACACUAAAAACAUGAAGCUAGCUGAAGACGUCGAGCUGGAACAUAUUUCAAAAGACACCCAUGGGUUUGUUGGUGCAGAUUUAGCUGCCCUUUGCACUGAGGCUGCCCUCCAGUGCAUUCGUGAGAAGAUGGAUAUUAUUGAUCUCGAGGAUGAGACCAUAGAUGCUGAAAUACUGAACUCUAUGGCUGUUACAAACGACCACUUCAAGACUGCACUAACGACCAGCAACCCAUCUGCUCUCCGUGAAACUGUUGUUGAAGUUCCAAAUGUCUCUUGGGAAGAUAUUGGUGGUCUGGAGAAUGUCAAAAGGGAGUUGCAGGAGACUGUCCAGUAUCCUGUGGAGCAUCCAGAGAAAUUUGAGAAGUUUGGCAUGUCUCCUUCCAAAGGUGUUCUGUUCUAUGGUCCUCCCGGCUGUGGUAAAACAUUGUUGGCCAAGGCAAUUGCAAACGAGUGCCAGGCUAACUUCAUCAGUGUCAAAGGACCUGAGCUGCUCACCAUGUGGUUUGGUGAGAGUGAGGCUAAUGUGCGUGAGAUUUUUGACAAGGCUAGGGGGUCAGCACCAUGUGUCCUCUUCUUUGAUGAGCUUGAUUCAAUUGCUACCCAGAGAGGAAGCAGUGUUGGGGAUGCUGGAGGUGCGGCUGAUAGAGUGCUGAACCAGCUGCUGACUGAGAUGGAUGGCAUGAACGCAAAGAAAACUGUAUUUAUCAUCGGUGCUACGAACAGGCCAGACAUCAUAGACCCUGCCUUGCUCAGGCCAGGGCGUCUUGAUCAGCUUAUCUACAUCCCUCUUCCUGAUGUUGAGUCCAGGCUCCAGAUCUUCAAAGCAUGCCUCAGGAAGUCUCCUGUGGCCAAGGAUGUGGACUUGAAUGCUCUUGCCAAAUACACACAAGGGUUCAGUGGUGCCGACAUCACAGAAAUUUGUCAGCGUGCUUGCAAAUAUGCCAUCAGGGAGAAUAUUGAAAAGGACAUCGAAAUGGAAAGGCGUAGGAAGGACAAUCCUGAAGCCAUGGAGGAAGAUGUGGUGGAUGAGAUCGCUGAGAUCAGGGCUGCUCACUUUGAGGAGUCGAUGAAGUAUGCACGCCGGAGUGUGAGCGACGCGGACAUUCGCAAGUACCAGGCCUUUGCCCAGACGCUGCAGCAGUCUCGUGGAUUUGGCAGCGAGUUCCGGUUCCCUGAUCAGCCCGCUGCUGGCGCUGCCGCUGCUGCCGACCCUUUUGCAUCCGCUGCCGCUGCAGCUGAAGAUGAUGAUUUAUAUAGCUAAAUCCCUCUCUGUCGUGCUCAUUAACUUACAGUGAUUUCCUAAAUAUACUUGUCAUGUUAUGCCCUUCUCAUAUGCGAACGUUGAAGGCUGUACUUAUUUUAUUAUUGGGAUGAUACUCGUAUUAUCUGCCAAUUAUUUGCUACUUUAGCUUGCUUUUGUAAUGUUAUACUGGUCUUGUGGAAUCA